AUGGCUCGUGUGUUCCUCGAACGCGCCGGCCAAGCUCCUCUUACUGUGACGAUGAACAUCUGCGCUGAGCGCAUCGACCACCCUUUCUCCACCUCCGAACGCGCUCAUCAGAUACAACACCUCCAUAUCUCCGGCUCCUGGGACUACGACGAGUAUCUGAAACUCAUCCCUUCCUCAUCACCCCUUCUUGAGAGCGUCGUGCUCGACGCACAUGGGACCUUCAGUAAGCUCAGGAAGCCGAGCUACUUCUUCCCUCAGAGCCAUUCGACGAUCCGAGGCCUUGCCAUUGCCCCAGUACAAUCCAUUCUCCCCCUCGACUCCUUCCCCAACCUCACACACCUCUGGCUCUCGUUCAAGCCGGUCAAGAACCGGGGCGAGCAACUCGCCGAUCUCCCCCAAGUUUUCUCUCGCACCCCUUCGCUCCAGUACCUACAUGUGUGCGGUGCUCGCAAUGGCCACGGGUUGUACGAUUUCCAACCGCCCCCAGAGCACCUGUUGGUGGCGCUACCGCAGUUACGCAACUUGACCUUGGUGGAUUUCAACUGGAGCUGGAGCUGCGCGUUUCUCCGCGUCCUCGUCCUUCCCGAUGACGCCGACGUCUACAUCCACCGUCCACGCCUGCGUCUGGAAAUGUUCGAAGAGACGAGUCCGAUCGCCGCUUUCCCUCGCCUUGCGCUCAUCCCCUUCCUGGACCGCGCCAGGAUCUGCCUAACCGUCUGCACUGUCACCCUCGUCGCUGAAGGACCCCUCGCUACCAAGACUCCCUACGCCUCCCAACGGCCGCACGGCCGCCUGUUCGUUUUCCCGGAGCUCGCCGAUUUCAAUGGCGGGGUAGAAACCAUCGCCGAGAGCCUUCCAGCGCUGCUACCGUUCUCUUCCCUGCACGUGCUGCAUCUCCAGCUCAGAGCCCAAUGGCAUGACCUCUUUCUGGUCUACAUGGACCACGCUACGUCGCUCACCGAGUUCGUCGUCUUCCCGGAUCCGGACACGAUGAGCGACGAGAGCGCGCUGACCACGAUUCGGAUGCUCCAUCACGUGCUCUGCCGCGCGACCCCGCCAAAGUGCCUGGCUCUGCGCGUGCUCGGAACGGUCAUGCCCAUCCCGAACCCGGACGAAGACCAGUAUGAGGACAGGGAAGAGGAAGAGGCCGCGGUGCAAGAGGCCGCGGUGGAGCUCGGCGGAAACUUUGUCGAAGUCGUGCCGAUCCUCAUGGGACGUGCCGCGGCGGGCGUUCCGCUGCGCACGCUGCUGCUCGAGCCACGCAACUUGCGGCUGGAAGACCGGUGGGGUGAGGAAGGCGAUGACGAGAGCUGGUUCCGGGAAGAGGGCGUCUAUGCGGAGGUCGUGAAAGAACACUGCAAGCUCUUGCGCAAAUUAGUCGAUGAGGUGGAGUGGUUGGAGCCAGAUGAGGAGGGCCGUGGAGGACUUGCGGACAGGCUCACGAAAGGGAGCGAAGGGUUCUUGCGAGAAGAGAGUGCGAGGGUGCAGAAGUAUUGGGCGUUGCCUCCACACGGCGUGCCAUGGGAACUACCGUUUCCUCCUCCCUACGGGGAGGAACCUGAGGAUAUCAGCUCAUGGUGA